GUGAACAGAAUGUUAAAAAAAACUCAAGUAUAAUCUGCACUAAAUCUAGGUAAUUAUCCUCACCAUUUUAAUUACAGCUGGCAAGGCAAUAUAUUGGAAAACUAAGUCUGUCUGAACACCAUUUACUUGGGAACUCGUGUUUAUAGUCUGGUCUCGUCCGUCUCGAACCCUGGACCCCUCGAAACUUCUGCACAACUAGAAUUUCUGCUUUUAGUAUAAAAAGUGCCACAAAAUAUGGUGCAUUCUUUCACGCAUAAAAUUGAUUUUUGCAAAACAUUCCUUAUCCGAGUAGAGUAAUUUUUAAUUGCUGAAGCUUAGCAGCUUAAUUAACUCGUUCAUCGAAGAAUUAGGUAAGAUUUAUUUCUGCUCCCCGCAGAUUAUUUUUUAUUCAUCUUUUUUCACUAUCGGCGUAAAAUCUAUAGUUCUGCAGUCGUCCGCGGAAGCUUCUCAAUGAGCUUUGAUCGGACUGUUUCACGUAUGUCUUUUUUGUUCUUGCAAGAAAACCAAAUUUACUUUAUUAAGUUUUAAAGUUCCUGUUAAAAAAGCUUUACUUAGCUAUAAGCUCGGCAUCUGUGUCGAUUUUUCUAUUUUGUUUAUUAGGGUUUGAAUGAUGAAACCGAGCCAGAAUUAGGGGAACAAAUUCAUCUUGUUUUCAUUUAUCGCUAGAGUCUUCUGAGAACUAUUCAAUUCCCUUACUUAGAAUUGGUCUUUCAUUCUUUGAAAGAUUAUAGCUAUCUGGAUAAAUUUAAACCCCUUCCAUUAGUAUUCUUCCUUUUUUGAUCAAUUAUUUUGCCGAUCUGAACGGUCUGAACUGGAAAAGAGAACAGCAGCAUCAUCUUGGCUAUAGUACGCUGCUUGCAUUUAAACUGGAAAUGAGCAGAACAUUUAUUACAUUUUAAGGGAUAACAUGGGUAUGUUUUCUGUAAAGGCCGGUGUAAACAUAGGGCCCAUUGCCUGCUCUCUUCCUAUCCUGCUUCUCAUCGUAGCAACAACAGGUGUAUUUCUUGGAUUUGUAGUUACACCCUGGUUCGGGUUGCCCCUGAGAUCCACUAUACAGAGCUACAUUUGGGACGCUGGUUUCGAAGAUCUUGGCAAAGAUGCAAGCCUUACUUCUAAUUUUGACAAUUUGACUAGUAAUUACAUAGCUGUUGCUAAUUCAACUGGGAAGGUUGAUAACAAGGAGGAACAAUAUGAAGGAGUUUCUAUUCUAUCUGCAGCUGAGCCAAAUCAGAAAGAACAGAAUGACAGCAUGAAACAAGAGGAUCUUGUAAGGCCGUUUCUUCAUGGGGACACUGUGUCUACAUCAUCAAAUUUCAGUUCAAAACCCAGUGGUGAGCAUUUUGAGUCCGAUGUAACUCAGUUUACUGCGGGAUCCCCUGGGGAUCGGCUAGACAAGUCUGAAAACACAGAUGAAAUCUCUGCCAAUGGUCACCAGUCAGGACAAAUGGCGUUAUCACCGUCUAUAAUCACUGAGAGCAGUUCUGCAAGAAUUGUUCCACCUGCUACAACUCUGGAAUCAUGUGAGUUAUGGCAUAGAAGACUUGGACAUCUACAUUAUCAAGCUCUUCCAUCCCUUGAAAGGCUAGUCAAAGAAAAGUGUGACUUUUCCCAAGGAAAAUGGGUGCAUGAUUCCCUUGGGCCCCUAUACAAGAAUGAUUCCUGUCCAAUAUUAUCACAACCUCAAAAUUGCCAAGGUAAUGGAAGACCAGAUAAAGAUUAUGAAAAUUGGAGGUGGCAACCUAUGAGCUGUGAUCUUCCAAGGUUGGAUGCACACAAAUUUCUUGAAUUAAUGCAUGGAAAAACCCUUGCUUUUGUUGGUGACUCGGUUUCCAGAAAUCAAAUGGAGUCAAUGAUGUGCAUAUUAUGGCAGGUUGAAACUCCCCAAAACAAAGGAAACAAAAGAAUGCAGCGCUGGUUCUUUCGUUCCCAUUCAGUCACAAUCAUCCGCAUAUGGUCAUCUUGGUUGGUGCAUACUUCACAUGAAGCUUUCCAGUUUGCUCCAGAAGGUCUUCCCAAAUUGCAUCUUGACAAAAUAGACGAAACAUUUAUGGAUUAUCUUCCUCAAUUUGAUGUUGUGGUUAUAUCAUCUGGUCAUUGGUUUGCAAAGAAGGCAGCAUUCCUUCUCAACGAUAGUGUUGUAGGUGGACAGUUGUGGUGGGAGAAAGGUCACAAACGUCAAAUUGAUAAUGUCGAAGCAUUUUCUAUUGCCACAGAGACUGCAUUGAAAGGAAUUGUUCACCAUCCAAAUUACAAAGGAAUAACAAUCUUACGUAGUUAUUCUCCUGACCAUUAUGAAGGAGGUGCUUGGAAUACUGGAGGUUCUUGCACUGGGAAAGUGAGACCUUUCACAGAUAAAGAAGUUGUUGCCAAUGGUUUUACAGACUUGAUGUGGUCGCGCCAAAAACAUGCACGUGACAAGGCUAAGAAGAGUGUGAAAAAUGGCUCCAAAUUGAUAUUUAUGGACAUAACUUCAGUUUUUCAGUAUAGAGCAGAUGGUCAUCCUGGACCGUAUCGGAGUCCUGACCCCAACAAAAAAACUCAGCGAGGUCCAAAUGGACAGCCCCCACCUCAGGAUUGUUUACAUUGGUGCAUGCCUGGUCCAGUUGACACAUGGAAUGAGCUUGUCUUUGAAAUUGUGAGAAGGAUUCUAAAUGGCAAUGAUGUGUGAAUUGCUAUCUGUUCAUUUUGAGAAUCUACUUUACCGAAUAUACAUAAUCAAAUAAAAGGAGCACAGCAUAUUUUCCCAGUUUUGGCAAAUGAUGCUCACAGCUUCCCUUUCCUUAAUUCUUUGCAGCUCACAAGUGCACCAGCAUCUCCCUUGCCAGACUCAUUAAAUUAGUAAGCGUUGGCUCAUUUUUUAAAAAGCCAACUAAGGAAUUCAGAUGGAAGUAGAUCUGAGGAGCAUUAUUUUUAGCACAGCCACUCCAACCUUUCUAAUUUGACAACAUUUUGCAGUCCUGUUUUCAGAGGACUUGUGAAUUGCAACGAAUGUUGGUCUACAGAAUGGCAGGCAUGUCCAUUAAUAAGAUAUGUAAAGCAGGGAAAGAAAGGAGUUAAUUAUAUAUUAUUCUUCAAUAUAUUUUGGGGAAGAAAGAUAUUGCAAUUUAUGUAACCAUGAAGCUUUAUGCCUGCAAUUUUUAUUGAUAUGGAAGAAAUUCAUUUAUUUGGGGUCUGGUUUAA